AGGCUGCAGCGAAGAUUUCCAAUGUGGUGUCUCUGAUGUCCUCCUGGCAAGUGUGGAUGAAUCAAACUGCUUUUUAACUUUAAAUUUGUUGUGGGGGGAGGCAGGGAGAUGUGCCAGGAGAGGCGGGCGGCUGCAUGAGAAGCUGACUCGCAGGCGCCUGUCUCCCUGUGCACUUUGCCCAGCUCCGGGCGCGGAUCCGGACGCCUGGGGCUGCCGGCAUCAUGAGCCUCGCCAUGCUGCGCCUCCUGAGCGAGGGCGUCUCCAGCCUCUCCAUACGGACCCUCCUGGUCUUCCUCGUCGUCUUCCUGCUCAUCGCUGACUACAUGAAGAAGAGGAAGCCCAAAAACUUCCCGCCGGGACCCUUCUCCCUCCCCUUCCUGGGGAAUAUCCUCUCCAUGGACUUCAUUGACCCCCUGAAAGGGGUAGAGAAGCUUAUUGAAAAAUAUGGGGACAUCUUCAGCAUGGACAUGGGCAGCAUCAACUAUGUUAUUGUCAGCAACUUUGAGAUGGUUAAGGAGGUGCUCGUAAACCAUGGGGAAAACUUCCUAGAUCGUCCAGAAAUGCCUUUCGACAACGACUUCUUUAGCAAACGUGGGCUGACCACUUCCAAUGGGCAUUUAUGGAAACAGCAGAGAAGAUUUGCCCUGACCACGCUCAGAAACUUUGGCCUGGGCAAGAAGAGCUUGGAGGAGCGGAUCCAGGAGGAGUGCCGGUACCUCACGGAUGCCAUUGGGGAAGAGCAGGGACAUCCUUUUGACCCCCACUUUAAGAUCAAUAAUGCUGUCUCCAACGUCAUCUGCUCCGUCUCCUUUGGAGACCGAUUUGAGUACCACAAUGAGCGCUUCCAAGAGCUGCUGCAUUUGCUGGACAAGGCAGUGGUGCUGCAUGGCCACCCUGUGAGCCAGCUCAACAGCUUUUUCCCAAGCAUCAUGAAAUAUGUCCCCGGACCGCACCAUACCAUUUCUGAAAUCUGGAAGCAACUGAAAAGUUUUGUGCAGACCAUAAUUGCUAAGCACAAGGAGGACUGGCAGCCCACYGAAAGCCGGGACUUCAUUGACAGCUACCUGCAGGAGAUAGCAAAGGAUGACGGCAGCGAUGGCUUCAAUGAUGAGAAUCUUGUGGCCUGCACACUGGAUUUGUUCGUUGCUGGAACAGAGACAACAUCCACAACCCUCCGCUGGGCUUUGCUCUACAUGGCUGCAUACCCAGACAUUCAAGCACGUGUGCAAGCGGAGAUUGAUGCUGUAGUGGGUCAGACUCGGCAGCCUGGCUUGGAUGAUCGGACCAGCCUACCCUACACCAACGCUGUGGUCCACGAGCUGCAGAGGUUCAGCAAUGUCAUCCCUGGGAGCGUGCCCCGGCUGACCACACGUGACACCCUGCUCAGGGGCUUCUUUGUGCCCAAGGGCACCGUUUUGAUAACCAACUUGACCUCAGUGCUCAGGGACAAGAAACAGUGGGAAACGCCUGAUACUUUUAACCCCGAGCACUUCCUGAAGGACGGCCAGUUCUACAAGAGAGAGGCCUUCAUACCAUUCUCCCUAGGGAAGCGCGCCUGCCUGGGCGAGCAGCUGGCCCGUGCYGAGCUCUUCCUCUUCUUCGCGGCCCUGCUGCAGAAGUUCACCUUCCGGAUGCCGCAGGACGCCGUGCCCAACCUCCGCUACCGCCUGGGCAUGACACGGUACCCCCAGCCCUACCGCGUCUGUGCCCUGCCGCGCUAGCGGGGCCCCCAAACAUCCAUAGGGCUGCAGCAAGCAGGGCCAGAGAGAAGAUGCCCCCUCCACAACAACAGCAAAAUAGUUUCCUUUACAAAGUGACCUUUGUAGUCUCUGUCUGCCAACCAUAAUGCUGCAUUGAGAGACGAGUUGAAAAUCCCCAGUUGUCCAGGUGAGAAAUGUUUCUAUAUUUUUUGACAACAUACAAAUUGUAGGGAUCAAGGCUUUCUUAAUUUCAUUUUGUGUAGUAAUCAUUCUUAGCAGCAUAUAAGUUAGGAGUGCUUUGCCAAGGGCCAUAUUUUGGCGGGUCCACCCUGUUAAAAGAGCGGCACUAGCCCCUGUCUUGUGGAUUGAACAUGAGUAGUAAUUACCAAAGGUGUGCUUCUGUUACUCUUGACAUACCAUAUAUGUAUG